AUGAUUCGAUCAAUAUUGAAUACCUGUUUAGUGGUGAUGUCAGCUCGCGUGUGUCCGUUGCCGAUGCGACGUGAGCGUAGUGACCUUUGUGCGUCGUCCGUCAUGCGUUUAGCCCGACAUACCGAACGCAGUCCUGGACCCACUUGCACAAUGAGCACGGCCGUAAAACCGUUGCAAACGACAGUUCCAAAACGCCAGCCCUUGCGGCCGCCCGAUACGGCGUGUGAUCCCAAGAUGAUAAGCAACUGUAUCGAUGAAUUACGACGGAGGCGACUCCAGCUAACAAGCGAAAACUCGACAGAGCAAUCGUCUCCGUUUAGCAGUCCCCAAAUUUCACUUAGACAGCGAAACAGUUGUGACUCCGAAAAGCGAAACAGUGAAGAAGUUCCACGGUAUACAUCACGUGCUUCUCAGCGAGAACAUCGGAUGUCAGUGCCGAAUCUAUCACCAGAACCGUCAAGCGUUGUCAUCCAGUCAGCAAAAGCGCUCAAAGAAAAGCUGGGACGAAACGGUGACGGAGAACUGUCGACUAUCAACGAAGGGUUGAUCACCCCCGUUAUUCGUCGUAAGCAAUUUAACCAGCCAUCUACGUUAACAUUUAAUGUUAACGACGAUGCCGCCCCGCUCUCGAAUAGCAGCCCUUCAACAAAACGGCCGAUUCAUACGAAUAGCCCAAGUACGUUAGUCAGCCGUGGACGAGAGGC